GAAUGAGCAACCCAGCAGCCGGGCCAUCAUCAAAAGCAAAAGUGGGAGCUUCCCAACCUAUAGACAAUUCAUUGAAACGCAAACGUGGAAUGUUUCAGAAAGAUUCAUAUGAUGUAUGGUUUUGGAGAUGAUGCCAAUGUAUCCACUUCUGGAGACAAUGUCACUUGUGGAGGACAUUGUUACAGAGUAUGUCACAGAGAUGGUGCACAAGGCUCAAGAUGUUGCAACAAAGAGAGGGAAGCUUUUGACAGAGGAUUUUCUGUUUUUAAUUCGAAAGGAUUUGCCAAAACUUCACCGGUGCACAGAAUUGCUGUCCAUGAAUGAGGAGCUUAAACAGGCAAGGAAGGCUUUUGAGGUAGAUGAAGAGAAACUGGCAUCACUUGAAUAAAGAUGCAAGAGCUCAUCAGUCUCUUCAUUUUCCCUGCUGGUUCUGAUGCAGGAUUUCAGCAACAAUUUUGUGUUGCAGAAAGCUCAAUUUUGUUGUUUAUGACUUCAGGAUCGUACAGUGUUCUUCAGAUCUUGAAACAGUGUAUUUAAAGUCUAUCGUAGUUCGUAGGGGCUCCUCUUUUGAUUUACUUUUUUUGCUAGACAUUAAAGAUAGGCUUAGUUUGUUUGAUCAA